AUGGCAGCGGCAGAGGGCAGCAAGGAGGAGACGAGCAGGAGGAAGGCAGAGCGGGUGGCGCUGCCGGCGGGCAUGAUACUGGUGCAGGUGUUGACGGUGGUGACCAUGCUAUUGUCCAAGGCGGCGCUCAACGGCGGCAUGCAACCCCUGGUCCUCCUCGUCUACGGCAACCUCGUCGCUGCUGCCACCGUUGCCCCCCUUGCCGUCGUUUUUGAGAGAGUUUUGCUGGCGACGGGGCUGUACUACUGCGCCCUACGGACCACCAGCGCCGCCUAUACCGUCAACUUCUUCAACCUCAUUCCCGUUGUCACCUUCCUCAUCGCCGUCGUGCUCCAGGCCGAGCGCAUCUCCCUCGGCACCUGGCCCGGCAGGAUGAAGCUGGUCGGCACGGCCGUUGGUGUCGCCGGCACCAUGGUGGUCAGCCUAUGCAAGGGCCCUCAUCUCCCGCUGCCGCACCUCCGGCUGUCCAAUGCCCACGCCCACGCCAGCGCACCGGCACCGGCGUCGGUGAUCCAAGGUGGCCACGACAUGGCCGUCGGCACGCUGUUCAUGUGUGGGAGCUGCGUGAGCUAUGCACUAUGGUUCGUGGUGCAGGCUAGGGUUGCCAAGGUGUUCCCGUCCCGAUACUGGUCCACUGCGCUCACGUGCGCGGCGGGCAGUCUGCAGUCAGCCGCGGCUGCCGCGGCGGCGACCGUCCUAGCACCCCGCGAGGGCUGGGCGGCGGAGUGGAGGAUGGGGUGGGACCUGCGCCUGGUCACAGUGGUGUACUCCGGGGUCUUCAACACCGGCGUCACGUUCGUGCUCGUGUCGUGGGCGGUGGCGCGCCGCGGGCCCGUGUACCCUCCCAUGUUCAACCAUAGAUUAAAAUAA